GUUCGGAUUGGCUGCAGCCCUGUCACCUCUGCGAAGGAAUAGUUCAGCUAUGAAGAAAGGAACUGCCUGACCUAAGCCAACCUUCAGCAGAAGCUUCUGAAGUCCUGAUGACUUUCUUGGAGGAGCCUCCAGUCUGCUUAUUUCAGGAAGUUACAAAGGCUGACCCACGGGUAAAAACUAAGAGAGAGAUGAAUUUCUUCCUGUUCUUCGGGGCUCAGAACUGGAGCUAUAAAUGACAGGAGUCUCAUUAUUUAGCAAAUGUAUUAUUCCUUUACAUAGCUCUUUUGGUGGUUGGUCAGAAAACAACUGAAUUUCACAUAGGAAGAUCUUUCUGAGUGAGAGAGAAAAGAUCAUUCACAAGACAGCCCAAGAUGGACAAUGACACUUCGACAACCUACUAUGAUGUUUUAAUAGAAGAUGACUUUACUGAUGACAUGACAGAACAGUGCCACAAACAUGAUGACAAAGUCUUCGCAGCACAAUUUCUGCCCCCGAUUUAUUCCGUGGUAUUUAUCCUCGGGAUGGUAGGCAAUGCCCUCUUUGUGCUAAUCCUGGUCAAACAUAAAAGACUCAAAGAGGUAGUGGAUGUCUUUUUCCUAAACACAGCCAUUUCUAAUUUCCUUUUCUUGGUCACCUUCCCUUUCUGGAUUCACACUGCAAUACACAGCUGGGACCUUGGAGAUACAAUGUGUAAAAUGACUUCUUGGUUUUACUCAGCGGGCUACUAUGGGUACACGUGUUUCCUGGUACUUUUAAUAAUACAUAGGUACCUGGCAAUUGUCCACGUGGGAAGAUUUCACUUGGCUGCCAAGAAGACCACCUAUGGCAUCAUUAUAAGUGCAUGGGGACUAGCCGUGCUAGCUGCUUUACCAGAAUUGGUGCUUUCCCAAGUUCAAACGGAAGGCAGAGAUUACAUCUGCCACUUUGUUCAGCCUCAUUAUCCUCUAGCAGAUGCGAAGUUCUGGAAGCACUUUCUGACUUUAAAGAUGAACAUUUUGGGACUUCUCAUCCCACUGUUUGUUGCUGUCUUCUGCUAUGGGAGAAUUAAAAAAACAUCAAGAUAUAAAGAGAAAAAGUACGGACUUUUUAGACUUAUUUUUGUCAUGACACUUGUUUUUAUGGGGCUGUGGACACCUUACAACCUAGUGCUUUUCCUUAUGACUUUUCAAGAGCACUUGAACCUGAGCGAUUGUGAGAGUAGCUAUCACCUGGACAAAGCGGUCCAAGUAACCAAAAUUAUUGGCAACACUCACUGCUGCAUUAAUCCUGUGGUCUAUGGGCUUCUAGAAGAGACAGUUCGCAGACGUCUCUACUGCCUUUUCCAUCUCCAAAAUAACACUGAAGGUCAUCCGAGGGAAGGACCAGAACAUCAAUCGCCAAUAGCGAAAGGAUCUCAGUACCAUUCCACUAGUUUUUAAACUAUACUCAGUGUAGGCUGAAUAAAUAAAAUUCCCCUGAUUUCAUUUA